AUGCCUGCUGACGAUCCGAAACGUAAUUUGAUUAUUGUUUCCAACCGACUACCACUAUCAGUUAAACGGGUGGAUGGUUCAUUUCAGUCCUCUAUCUCCAGUGGAGGUUUGGUCACAGCAUUAUCGGGGUUGACGAAAUCUACACAAUUCAGAUGGUUUGGCUGGCCCGGUCUCGAAGUGAAGGACAAUGAAGACAGAAAAGAUGUAUCUCAGAGCUUAGCGGAGCACAAUGCCAGUCCAGUCUUCUUGGAUAGUGAUCUUGCACAUGAGCAUUACAAUGGAUUUUCAAAUCGAAUUCUAUGGCCUAUCCUACACUAUCAAUCGGGUGUUACAUUCGAUGAUGGACCCUGGCAGGCUUAUAAGCGUGUAAAUGAGCUUUUCGCAGAUGAAAUCUGUCAAGCAGCCGAGAACGGAACGUUGAUCUGGAUUCAUGAUUAUCACUUAAUGCUGCUACCAGAACUUUUGCGAGCACGGCUACAAAAUCAGGGCAAGUCGUGCGCAAUUGGCUUUUCCCUUCAUACACCAUUUCCCGCCGGAGACUUCUGGAGGAAUCUUCCUGUCCGGAAACACCUCAUCGAUGGCUUGCUGGCAAGUGAUUUAAUUGGGUUUCACACGGAUGAGUAUAAACAGAACUUCAUUGAUACAUGUGCAACUCUACUGGGCGCCCGUACCGAGAUUCCCAAUCAAAUUCAAUAUAAAAACCGCCUGGUCUGCAUUGAUCAAUUCAUCGUGGGCAUCGAUCCACUGAAAUUUACAGACACGCUCAAAAGUCCCGAUGUUGAGGAUCGAAUUCAAACCCUUGAGAAGCGUUACAAAGGUGUGAGAGUUAUUGUUGGUGUGGAUCGACUUGAUCAUAUCAAGGGUUUGACACAAAAGCUCAAAGGGUUUGAUGCUUUCUUGGAUGAUCACCCAGAACUAAGAAACAAGGUCGUGCUCAUCCAGGUUGCGGUUCCAAGUCGUGAAGACGUCAAGGAGUAUCAAGAGCUGGAGACAGAGCUCAGCACACUAGCUGGCAAGAUAAAUGGAAAGCAUGCCACCCCUGAGGGCACACCAUUACUUUAUAUGCACCGCUCUGUUCCUUUCACAGAGUUGGCUGCACUGUACUCAAUUGCCGAUGCAUGUCUUCUUACCUCAACUCGAGAUGGCAUGAAUCUCGUGUCAUUCGAAUAUGUCGCCUGCCAGGAAAAACGACAUGGAGUUCUUGUUCUUUCGGAGUUUGCUGGUGCUGCCUCUUUCAUGCGGGAGGGUAGCAUCUGCUUUCAUCCCGCCAAUAAAACAGAGAUGUCUGAGGCCUUAUAUGCGGCUCUACACUUGGAUAAAGACGAGCGCAAACGCAAGUACGAGUAUCUGAGAGAUUUUGUACACAAAUAUACAAGCGCGCGAUGGGGUCAGACCUUUAUCGAAAAGCUCAAUGCGAGAGCAUGCGAU